AAUAUGGCGGCGGUAGGCGGAGACAAGAGCUAUGGAAACCGCUCUAGCCGGGGGUGAAAAGGCGCGGCCGACGGGCGGAAGUGACGAUACCUGCGGGGCGGAAGUGCUGCGGCUGGCGGGAUGGCAGGGGCGGCCCACAUGCGCAGGUACCCUAAGAGUGACACACAGCUCUAGUGCAGGCAGCAAGAGUGAGGAAGCAGGAUGUUGUCAAGGCCAAAGCCUGGAGAGUCUGAGGCAGAUCUGCUGCGAUUUCAGAAUGAGUUCCUGGCAGCAAGGGCUUCCCCGGCAGUGAAAGUCGUGAAGAAAGCAGACAAGAGGCGAGGAGCUGCUGGCAGUGGAGAUGAGGAGAGACCCCCACUGCAGGACAGCAGGGAUGUGGUGAUACUAGAUGACUUUCCGGAUGUGCUCCCAGCCCUAACUCCAGCACCUCCAAAGAAGUCCAAGUUCAAAAAUGCCUGUGUCCGCUUUGAUGAUGAGGAUCCAGAGGAGAGAUUGGAGUGUCAUGAUCGACACAUCACGGCAGUCUUCAGCAAAAUCAUUGAACGAGACACAAGCAUGGCAGCUGUGACCAUGCCAGUGCCCACUGGAGACCCAUUUCCCAGAGCGUUUCACCGGUCUGAAAUAAAAAAUGAGGUGAAGGUGGAAUCUGGAAGAAAAAGUAUCUUUGCACAGAAGAUAGCUGCUAAGAGAGCAGCUGAAGAGGCUGUGACAGCUCCACCUGCUGUUGAGACUAGGCAUACACACAGAAUAUCAGCAGUUCCAGGUGCCAUCUGUUCCCCUGGAUCAGCAGAGGAGGAGCCACUCCACAGCACUAAGGAUGGCAAACCUGAUGAUGAUGUGAGCACUCAGCGACCUCGUAUCAUAACUGGAGAGGGUCUUGGAAGCUUGGAGAGUGAGCAGGAAGCUCUGGCUAUCCACGAGGAGAACCUACAGAAGUUGCACUCCAUGACCCAGGAGGAGAUCCUACAGGAACAGAGGAGGCUGCUGGUUCAGCUGGAUCCCAGCUUAGUUGCUUUCUUAAAGUCACAACGUGGUGUUGACGAAGGCCAGGAGAGACGAGAGAAGCCUGGACAUCCAGAACCUGGGACUGAAUCCCAGCAUGGUGCAAAGGAGACUGUGAAGGAUUUCUCUGUAGGGGGGUCAGGCAUGGAGGAGUCUGUGUGGCCUGAAAAAGAUACAAGAAUGGAAAUUACAGAAGUUGACCUUCCCAUCAAGCCCCAGAAGGAAUGGAUCCACAUGAACAAUGUGGAGUUUGAGAAGCUGGAGUGGAUAAAGGAUCUGCCCUACCCCCGGCAGAGGAGAACCAAAAAGGGAAUGCAAGCACGAUUUAGUUUGAAAGGAGAAUUGAUUCCUCCAGAUGCAGAUUUACCUACUCAUCUGGGUCUACACCACCAUGGAGAAGAAGCAGAAAGGGCUGGUUACUCCCUCCAAGAGCUCUUCCACUUGUGCCGCAGUCAGCUCAUUCAGCAGAGGACAUUGGCACUACAGGUGCUAGGCCAUGUUGUCCAGAAGGUGAGUGACCUUUGUAUGGAAGUUCUUCCUCCUAGUUUACACUGCUGGCAAUGUCAGGGCCCAGAUUCUCUAAUGUGAUGCGUUCGCUUUGCA